AUUAUUUUGUCACUAUGUCGAAAAUGUGAACAGGAUGUGCUUUUGGAUGACAAAGCAUUUUUAUUUCGAUUUUAAGUCACGUGGACAUAAAAAUUAUACAUUAACCACGAACUGGAUGGUGAUACCAUGCAGCAGGCUGGUGACGUUACGAUUGAAUGUGAAAUUAUAUUCACGUCAAAAGCUGGAACCCAAUUUGAUGUAUGAAUCGGCUUUAUUUCUCAGGAGCGUGUUGCGUUUUAGUACUCACGCUCACCGGCAGACAGCGCCCACGCAUAACAGUCUGACCAGUCGUGAUGGCGACCGUAGCGACAUCGCAGUCUCAAAUCUCAGAUGUGAGCGCAGAAGGCAUCCAGAAGGCAAGUUAGUGGCUCGGUGGAAGACAAAGAGAGAGCGUGAAGGUCACUUUUGCAAGAUGCGCUGCUUCAGGCCCCCAAGAAAGUUUGCACCCUACGAAGUGGACAAGACAUCAAGCUUCAAAUAUGAGCUCUGCAGGAUCAUGCGCCCCGAUGAUGCCAACAUUGUCGGUAACGUGCACGGUGGCAACAUCCUGAAGAUGAUCGAGGAAGCCGGAUGCAUCAUCAGCACGCGACACUGCAACACCCAGAGUGAGGACCGCUGCUUGGCAGCUUUGGUACGGGUUGAGAAGACGGAGUUCUUGUACCCCUUGUUCAUCGGGGAGGUGGCCCACGCUACGGCUGAGAUCACGUACACCUCGGCGCACUCGCUGGAAGUCCAGGUCAAAGUCAUGGGCGAGAACAUCCUCACAGGUGCCAAAAAGCUGGUCAACAGGGCCGUACUGUGGUAUGUACCCUGCUCUCUGCAGAAUGUCGACAAGAUCAUGGAGGUGCCGCCUAUCAAGUUUGACGCAGAACAAGAGGAAGAGGGUCGGAAGCGCUACGAGGCUCAGAAGACGGCGAGGCUGAAAACCAAAGAAGUGGUUGAUGAUGUAGUGCCACCGCCAACCAACCCAGAAAAAUACACAGUUGGCUUCAGCCAGUCCAAUCUGAUCCAUCUGGUGGGUCCCUCUGACUGCACACUACACGAUUACGUUCACGGAGGCGUGACCAUGAAGCUGAUGGACGAGGUUGCUGGCAUUGUGGCCGCACGCCACUGCAACACCAACAUUGUCACUGCCUCUGUGGAUGCCAUCAACUUUCAUCGCAAGAUUAAGAAAGGCUGUGUGGUGACUGUAACGGGCCGUCUGACAUUCGUCAGCAACAAGUCCAUGGAGAUCGAGGUGGUGGUAGAUGCCUGCUCGCUGGUCGACACGGAGAAAGUGAGCUACCGUGCGGUCUCUGCCUUCUUCACCUUCAUCUCACUGGACAAGUAUGGCAAAGCUCAGCCCGUUCCUCCUCUUAAGGUCCACGGCGAGGAGGAGCAGAGGCGUUAUGAUGAAGGCCAAGCCCGUUACCUCUUCAAUAAAGCCAAGAGACUUGCAGAGAAGGAGGCCAAGCAGUGACACGGCCGCAAGACAACACUGACGGAUAAAGUCCCCUUUUCGCUUCCUCUUCUGUAAUUGUAGCCUCCUCCCCAACCUUUUGACCCGUGUAACCCACCAAAGCGUUCACAUAUAUGAACAACUGCAAAACUAAGUGAGAUAAAUAUUUAAAUUGUCAUAAGACUUUCAUGAUAGCUAUUUAAAUGACUUGAUGAAGUGUACAGGGUAAAAAAAAAUGUGAAUGAAUAAUCAAGUAAUAAAUAGAUAAAAUAAUAAUAAACAUCCA